CCCCCCCCCAUAAUGCAUCGCUCUUAAGAGCCCUUCAGAGGACGCGAGAGAGGUCGGACAGGACUUGGCCGUUUCCCCUACAGCUGAGAUCUACAACUGUGUAACAAGAUGGCCGACGUGAUCGAGGAGAAGAUCAAAAACUACAGGACGGCUCCGUUUGACGCCCGCUUCCCCAACACCAACCAGACACGCAACUGUUUCCAGAACUACCUGGACUUCCACAGAUGUAACAAGGCCCUGUCAGGCAAAGACCAGGACACGGCUCCAUGUGAAUGGUACCAGAGGGUCUACAAGAGCCUGUGCCCCAUGAGCUGGGUGCAGAAAUGGGAUGAACAGAUCGAGAACGGGAGCUUCGCUGGGAAGAUUUAGACAAACCCCCCCCCCCUGUCAUUUCUCCAUCCUCCCCUCCCCCAUUCAUUCAUCCAUCUCUUUCCCUCCUGCUCUUAUCUCCGUGUCUUCAUGUAAAGCAUCCCGAUGUUACUGUCAGAAAAGUGAACAAUAAAUUAUUUGAUGCU